GUGCGAGUAAAAAACCAUGUGUGGGGGCACCCGAGCAAAAUGGUGGUACACGAACGAGAGAGCGACCGCGACACAACGAGAAGAAGACAGUCGCAGAUGACACAGUGACGACGACGACGGCGACGGCUGCCAUGGAUACGAACAACAACAGCAAAGACGAGCUCCGGGACCAAUCAAAAACCUCCCAAAAAGGCAGAUCAUGCAAAGGAACACUCUAUUAUUCAUCCGCCCUCAAAUCCAAGGCUUACAAUCCUCUCUGCGUCGGCGUUCCUCGCUCCAUCCCCGAAGUGCCUCAGUCAAUAGUUUCGGAAACUGAGACGAAAGCUUCUAAAGAUGAUCGACAUCUUACUGAAUUUCGUUAUGCUUGUGCUGGUUACUCGCUGUACUUGGAUCGAAUUACGAAAGACCAUUCUGGAAAGGAACAACCAGAAUUGCCUGUUUGCUACGGUCUCGAGCUUUUGGUUGGCAAAAGAAUGGUUCAAAAGACACCUGCUGCUGCUCCCGUUUCUGCCCAUGUCCAUCAUAAACAGGAAGUUCGUGAAGUCCCUCAGACUCAGAGGCAGCAACCGACUCAGUCUGCAGGAAGUCUUUUCUUCAACAGGUUUACAAGAAACGCAGAUCUUGUUGCUUCAGGGGUGACUAAGAACAUACGUAAAGUUGGGAACUACAUAAAAGGAAGUGUCGAUGAUUUUCUAUACCAGUACAGAGGGCGACCAAAGUAAAGAUCGCUUGUUGCAAAAUCCAGAUGAAUGAAGAAAAUAACUCGAGAAGCAGGCUUCGGUUUGAUUCCAUAUCUGCUCUCUUCGUCUUCGAUUCGUCGUGGUUUUUGUGCUGUUUAUAACUCCUCUGCACUCCAUCCACAUUUUGAGCAAUAGAAUGUUAGUGCAACUGCUAUAGGCUUAAGAGGGCUUCUUAUUUAUCUUGCAACUGUUUAAUAACUAAUCUAUGGUGAUUAUUAUUUAUUUGGUUGUGGAGGGAAGUAAGAGAUUGUGCUAUUUUCUAAUGACAUUAUUAUUUCUGACAA